AUGAAUAAUUCAAGAUCAACAGUCAAAAAAGGUACAAACAACUUACCUAUUUAAACAGGAGACUUAGAAGAAUAUAUGUAAUGAUUUUAUUGUUAUUAUUAGAUAAAUAUUAUAUGAUCAUUAAAAGAGUUGUGAGAAAGCAGGAAAAUAUUUGGAGGCAGAUUAAGCAAAAAAAAGAUUAGGGGAAUUGAAAAAAGAUUUGGAUUAAAAAAAUAAGAUAGAAGUAAAAGAUAGACAUAUCAAUGAAAAAUAAGAAAUUGAGAAUGCUCAUUUUGAAGAAUUCAAUCAAUUUAACGAAUUCUGGGAUUAGAAAAUGUCUGAAUUUGAUCAAGAAGCUUAAAGAGUUAAAGAAUAGGUUCUAUAAAGACAUGAUGAAGAAUUGAAAUAAUUUACUGAUGAAUUAGAAAACUCAAUUCCUGUUAAACCAAAAGAUUCAGCAGAAUUAUUAAGUUUAAGAAAAACUGAAGAAUCUUUAGCAAAAUAAGAAAAGUAUAUAAAUAUAAUAUUUAGUUAUUAAGAGGCUCAUAUAACUUAAUAAAGAAUAUUAUCAAUGGAAAGAGAUGAAUAUGAAAGAUGGAGUCAGUCAAGAUCAUGUAAGAUCAAAAAUCUUAUUAUUCAACUUAAACAAAAGUAAAAUACUGAACUAAAUGCUUUACAAUAGAGAAUUAUUUCAGGAUAAGAAGAAUAAAGAAAGAUUAGAUCUUAAGAAUUAGAGAAGUAUUAUAAGAUAUAAAAAUAGAUUAUUAUAAAAAUAUUAGAAUGUAAGAAAAGAAUUGAGCAGUUAAUAAAAUUAAGAAAUUACAAGACUUGAUAAAACAAUGAAGAAUUAAUCAAUCAUGUAAUAAUCAAGAAUGAAUUCAUCUAAAAUGUAGGGUUCCAUAAUGAAAAAAGGAGAUGAAGAAAAUUACUAUAUUAAAUGA